AUGGAUGCUAGCAUAGCUCGGAGUAAUUCUUCAACUCUGUCAAGUGGUGUGCUUGAUGAAAAUAUUGCAUCAUCACGAGAUAAUCAAGACACCCAUGAUCAUGCUGCUCCCAAUCCGGGUAAUAGAGUGCUGGCCCAUGAUUUGGUUGAUGCUGCAAAAGCCAAAGUCAACUUAGAAUCUCUUGCGACACCUUCUGCUCAUGUUACAACCUCUCUAAGUGUAUGUAGUGAUAAUAGAAAUGGUGGAUCCAAUCUAAUGCUCAAAGAUGGUACCAUUGAAACUGGAAGAGAAGUAGAAGGAGAAGAAGAAUUCCCUGAGGUGAAAGUAGACUUUCAGGAAACAUUUUUGGGCCAUACAAGUCCAAUCACUCGACGCCACUUCUCUGCCUCUGGGAACAAUAUUGCCAGGGCAUCCAUGGAUGGCACCGUCAGAAUACGGACCUAUGACUCAUCAACUUCAACUCCAAGAAAUGCAACUAUUUACUGUGGGGCAGAGAUAAUGUCGCUGGACUGGGAGAAACCUUUGCUAAAGCUUCUCAUAGGAAAUGCUGAUGGAGAAAUUAAGGCAUGGAAUGCUGACGCAAAAAGAGUUGUCUGUGAUCUCAAUACAACAGAGGCUUUUCCAAGUAUCUUGGAUUUGAAAUGCAGCCCAGUACAACAAUUUUUUUCUGCUGCGGCAUCCAAGCAUGUUUCUGGUCAUAUUGAUGACUUGGCUCUUGCUUCACUAACUGUAUGGAACAUGAAGACAUGGAAAGCAGCGACAGUCUUUCCUCUUGGUGAAGAUCCCCCUGCAAUUACUUCUUCGUGCUUUAACCACAACGGGAAGAUUCUUGCUGCCUCUGCCACAGAUGGAAUGAUUCACAUGCUCGACAUGUCUGCCGGUCUACAAAUUACCGGGUGGCCUGAGUAUGAUUGUGGUAUAAGCUCCCUUCUUUUUGGAGCCGAUAAGACAAACUUCUUUAGUUUGGGUAAAGAUGGAAUGCUUGCAUCCAUCGGUGAAACCAUCUCUCCUCAUGAGUAUCAAACUCAUCUUUUUCGAGGUUUAGGAGCUGAAUUUCAGAGUCUUGUAGUUGCAAAUUUCAGUUCAGAGUCAGUAUCAAGUGAUGACUCGUGA